AUGGCCACAUCCAAUUCUUCUGCUCUGCCCACCCUCUUCUGGGUCUGUGGCUCUGGAGACAGUGUGCUGAGUAUUGAGGGUGUUGCAAUGCCCACUCAGAUCCUUGUUCUGAGGAUCGUGGUCACACUGGCCUACGGACUUGUAGGUAUCAUUGGCUUGCUGGGAAAUUUGGCUGUGCUGUCUGUCUGUUACCCUACACUGUGGGUACUAGGUAAUUGUGCUCAGCAUGCGCCUGGACCACCUUCUGAUACCUUUGUCUUCAGCCUGGCUCUGGCAGACCUGGAGCUGGCCCUCACUCUCCCUUUCUGGGCAACUGAGUCAGCACUGGACUCUCACUGGCCUUUCGGAAGUGCCCUCUGCAAGGUAGUCCUGACGACCCCUCUCCUCAGCAUCCACACCAGCACCUUCCUAAUCACAGCGUUGAGCGUUAGCAGAUACUGGGUGCUGGCCGUGGUUGUGAGACCGGGCAGGCACAUGCCUGUCUUCUGGGCAUGUGUGGUCACCCUGGCAGUGUGGGUGGCGGCUGCCCUGGUGACUGUGCCCACAGCAAUCUUUGGGGCUGAGGGUGGGUUGUGGGGUGUGCACCUCUGCCUUCUGUGUUUCCCCAGCAGAUACUGGCUGGGGGCAUACCAGCUACAGAGGGUGGUUCUGGCCUUCAUGUCCUUGGCCACCAUCACCACCAGCAGCUACUUGCUGCUGCUGGCUUUUCUACAGAGUCCGCAGUGAUGCAGGCCUCCACAGUGGCAGGACAGCCGAGGGGUAGCCCGCUCUGUUCCAGUCCUGGUGGCUUCCUUUAUCCUCUGCUGGUUUCCCAACCAUCCCAUCACCCUCUGGGGCAUUCUGGUGUUUUACCUGGCGCCCUGGGACAGCACUUUCUACACCAUCCAUACUUGGUUUUUCCUGUCAAUCACCUGCUUGGCACACAGCUACAGCUGCCUCAACCCUGUGCCCUACGGUCACCUCCGGUGCCAGCCUCAGCAAGUUCUGAGCAGUGCCUUCAGGGACCCUUGGUCAAGACUUUGGCCCCAAUGCAAGGCCUGUGUGGAACAAGUGGCCCUGAAGAAAGUAACUGGGAGAUGGGUAGCUAGCACUCAGUAGAGUGGACUCUCUACGACAAGCACAAACACAAAGGGACACCUGGAUGAAGGAUACAACCUGGAUGUUCCCUUUUCUGAGCUCUACCGGGGUCAGAACCCACAGAUUCUGGGGAGAAGCUGCACUCUCUGCUAGUCUGUAGGGUCCCCAGGGAAAGUCUGA